AUUAGUGAUUAAACCGGCCGGCAACAUGCGUGUUUUUUAUUUGUCGUAUAUAUUUUUACAACUCAGUAUAGAAAUUCUUGGGCAAAUAACCGAUACUUUUACAUGUGUUCCUAAUGCCCAGUGUCCUGGUGGUGGAGGUGGAGGUGGCGACAUAAAUCCCAGAGUUGGACCAGAUCUAAGAAUCGUUAGCCCGACUGGAGCAACAACUACGGCGGCGCCCACGUCAACUUGUCCCCCAGGAUAUGUCGCUUGCACAACUCUGCCAAAAUGUGGAACGCCAAGUGUUCAACCAUCCACAGCUAAUGGCCAAGCUACAAGGGGAUCUCUACCCUGGCAAGCGUACCUAACAAACUCUGCAGGUACCUACAUUGGAGGAGGAAUGUUGUUGGAUUCGUACCAUGUUCUAACCGCAGCUCACAAGACAAACGAGUCUGGAAUAAUAGUGUAUAUGGGAGUAUAUAAUCCUCAAACCGAUCUCAGCGGCAAUACAAUGCGAAGCAAUGUUCAAAGCGUCUCAAGAUAUCCAUCGUACAAUAUCUCAACAUUAAGGGACGAUAUUGCAAUUUUAAGAUUAUCAACUCCAUUAACAAUGUCAGCUACAGCUAUAGCCGGAUGCUUACCAGCUGCUGGAAGAUCAUUCGUUGGCAAUGAUUGUAUUGUGGCUGGAUGGGGCCAAACAAAUUUUAACACCUAUGAUGCUCCAACCUCCAUUCUCAAACAAGCAAUCGUCCGUAUAAUAGAUGCACAGACCUGUCUAAACUCAUACAGUAAUGCAAAUCUGUUGGGCACAAAUGCCGCCCUAUAUUUGGAUACUCAAAGAGAAAUUUGUGCUGGAGGGUCUAUUAAUAUUGAUGCGUGCACUAAAGACGGAGGAUCACCUCUUAUGUGCAACGAUGGAACAAAAUAUGUAGCUGCAGGUUUAGUAAUAUGGGGUAAAAACUGUGGAAUGCAAAAUGUUUAUGGUGUUUAUGUUAGUGUUCCAAGUUAUCGCUCUUGGAUUGACUGUGUUGUAAGAGCUUUUAACUCGAACCAAGUGCCAGUAUGUUAUUAAGACGUUAUUUAGAUAAUAAAAUAUAAUAAAAC